AUGGACUGCGAGGAGCAGAAAGAUGCAGAAGCAAAGGCUCCUUCGGUUAUCGACCGUUACUACACACGGUGGUACAGAGCCGAUAUGAAGGGGAAAACGUGUGAGGACCACUGCAUCCUCCAGCAUUCAAACAGAAUAUGUGUUGUCACGUUAGCAGAGACCCAUCCGAUCCUUCAGAACGGGCGCACCAUCAAAAGCAUAAACUACCGGAUCAGUGAGGGCUGCAGUCGUCUGAAUAAUAAAGUGUCUGGGAAGUCCAAGCGGGGAGGGCAGUUCCUAACUGACUUUGCACCUUUGUGCAGAAUAACGUGCUCAGACGAAACUGAAUACACAAUCUACAGCUGCAUCCGGGGCCGUCUGCUGGAGGUCAAUGAGAAUAUUUUAAACACACCAAGUCUCUUGCUUGAAAAGCCGUCCACUGACGGAUACAUUGCUGUCAUCUUGCCAAAGUUUGAAGAGAGCAAGAGCAUCACAGAAAAUCUUCUGAGCAGAGAUGAGUUUGAGAGCCUGGUCUCAAAACGUGCGCAGCCUCAGCCCUCGUGA